UACCCGACUCUUCCUGUCCGCCAUGCGCUCUCACUACGGGACAUCUGAUAACGCAUCCUAAAGGCAUCCCGUACAGACUUGGACUAACCGUGCAUCAUUCAGCACAGCGGCCACACGGCAUUACAACGUCGGACCUCUCCACUGACGUUUUUCAUCUGCCCAGCGUCCCACACUUAUCUAGCAUCUCCCAGCUACGGACCCGCUUCACGGACGUCUCCUGUCUGCACCUAAUCCCUGUCUUCGCUCCAGAAGCACGGCGCAGGACCCAUUCAUCUUGGACUCGGGUGGAGCUUCAUAUCCACUUGGAUGCGAGCAUUAAACCUGAAACUAUCCUGUUCUAUGCUAGAAAGAAACAAAUGGAAUCACAUAUUUUUGAAAAUCUUGAAACUCUUAUGAAGAAUGUGGUUUGCACUAAGCCAGGAAGUCUUACAGAAUUCCUCUCCAAGUUUCAUCAUUACAUGCCAGCAGUUGUAGGUGACCGCGAAGCAGUGAAAAGAAUUGCCUAUGAAUUUGUAGAAAUGAAAGCUAAAGAAGGAGUCGUGUAUGUGGAGGUCAGGUACAAUCCUCACCUAUUUGCCAACUGCAAAGUGGAUCCCAUACAAUGGGGGCAAAAAGAAGGUGAUCUCAGUCCAGAUGAAGUCGUUGAGCUUGUGAAUCAAGGACUGAAAGAAGGAGAAAGAGAUUUCAACAUCAAGGUCAGGUCAAUCCUUUGCUGUUUGCGGCAUAUGCCAGAGUGGUCACCUGAGAUUGUUGAGCUCUGUAAGAAGUACCAUAAUGACACCGUUGUGGCCAUUGACCUGGCUGGAGAUGAAGGUUUAAAGAGUGAAACCUUUCCAGGACAUCUCAGGGCUUAUGAGGAGGCAGUCAAAUGUGGAAUCCACAGAACAGUGCAUGCUGGGGAAGCUGGGCCUCCAUCAGUAGUCAAAGAGGCUGUAGAGAUGCUGAAGGCAGAGAGAAUAGGACACGGCUAUCACACCGUGGAGGAUCCAGUGCUGUAUGAUCGGCUACUGAAGACAGAUAUGCACUUUGAGAUGUGUCCUUGGUCGAGUUACAUUACUGGAGCUUGUUACCCUGACUUUACACAGCAUCCUCUGAUACGGCUAAAAAAUGAUAGAGCUAAUUAUUCAUUAAGUAAUGAUGGACCUCUCCCCAUGGGUGCCACACUGGAGACUGAUUAUAACAUUGCAAAGACUCACAUGGGAUUCAGCGAAGAAGAUUUCAUGCGAGCAAAUAUCAAUGCAGCUCGUUCUUGUUUUCUACCAGAGAAAGAAAAGAAAGAACUGCUGGAGGAAUUGUAUAAGGCCUAUGGGAUGACAGAGUUGUGACGCUGCAUGUAUUUCAAAUAAAAAUAUCUGAGCACAAUAUGGCUUUUCCCAUACCUCCCAACUUUGAUCUCAGCGGUGGAGGGACAGCAGCGCAUGCCCGUUUUUAGGGUGUGUGGCCUAAUGGCAAGGGGGCGUGGCUUCACAGCAAGUGUCCCGAUCGCAAGCCACGCCCCCAUUUCCGUCAUUAUGGGGGCAUGAACAGCGCUAUGAGAGCUGCUGGUCAUGCCCCCUGUCCCUCUCUGCCGUGAAUAGACGCUGUUCGCAUGACAGGGAGGGAUCUCCCAACUGCCCCUCCCACCCGUGGGACACUGCGACCCGUGGGUGGGACAGCGGGACAGACCGUGAAAAACGGGACUGUCCCGCCAAAAUCGGGACAGUUGGGAGGUAUGCUUUUUCUGUCUCUUCCCCUUUUCUGUUGCCCCAGACAUUUUUACCAUAGGACUUACAUGUAACUGUAUAAAUGGGUGGUCUUCAUGUUGCCGGCGGCCGGGCUCCCGGCGAUCACCAUACCAACACCGGAAUCCCGACUGCCAGCAUACCGACAUCUUUUUUCCCUCUUGGGGGUCCACGACCCCCCUGGAGGGAGAAUAGAUAGCGUGGCGCGUGUAGUGAGCCCGCAAGGGGCUCAUUUGCGCUCGCCCAGCUGUUGGUAUGCCGGCGGUCGGGAUUCCGGCACCGAUAUGCUGGUCGCCGGGACCCCGACCGCCGGCAAACCAUACUACACCCGUAUAAAUCUUCUCUGUAACAG